UUUCAAUUAUGUGACACCAAAUUUAUGAUUUGGGCCCCCAGUUACAUCGACCAACCUACAUAUGGCCAUUUCAAAUUUUCCAUUAUAGAUUCGAAAACCUCUUCACCGCGACCUGCUCCGGUACUUAUACGCUCAAAGUUAUUUUCCGGCGCCGGAGAUCUUGCGCGCGCACCUGUAUUCUAGUUCACACGCACAAGAGAAACCCCACAUUUUAGAAUGUCAAUGGGCAGCGACACCACCUGGGUGGGAAAAAAGCCAAUGAGAAGAGUCGGAGGGAUGUCCGAUGCUCUCUCCAUCGCCGCCGAUAUUGGAUUUUCCGUUCCUCCUCCGCCAUCUCAGGAAGAUAUCCAGAAUUUAUCGACAGGUUCCCGUGAGAAGGGGGACGACCUGGUAAGGAUCCUGAGAGAAUUGACGGCUGUGCAAAGAAAGAUUGCGGAUCUGCAAGUGGAACUUCAAGGCAGAAAGGAGGACAAGAAUGUUGCACAUUUGACACACGUGAGUGAAAUGGAGAAGAAGAUCGAGACUUUAUCUCGGAUCACAACUAUAUUGAAAGACGUUAUUCAGAAUAAGGAUCGGAUUAUUGCUCGCCUUCAGCAACCCUACUCCUUGGAUUGCAUACCUGUGGAAGCUGAGUAUCAGAAACAAUUUUCAGAACUACUAAUGAAGGCAGCAAGUGAUUAUGGAGCCUUAACGGCCUCUGUUGCUGAUUUUCAGUGGAGUCAGAACUUUAAAGAACCACCUACAAUAUGGGGCGAAAUGCUCCGUCCAAUUCCCGUGGCUUUAGCGUCUUGCACUCGUUUUUUCGAGGCUAUGACUGCAAUGAGAGAAUCAUUUGCCAAACUGCAAACACUGAGAGUCGGCCAUUCAUCUCAAAGGGCAACGAGAGAUUCUGAAUGCGUGACUCCUCCAGCUUGGAGAACCGAGUCGAGUUUUGAUGAUUUAGCCGUAAAUGGCCUCAGAAGCCAAGGCAGUGAAUGGCACGGAGGUGAAGAUACAAACAGUGAGGUUGUUGAUUCAAGCUCAGUUGAUGCGACUGCGAACAGGAGAUUAUCUUGGCCGCCUUCUGUUAAAAAUAAUGGAUUGUGAUUUAUAUUUAAAAAGGAUUUUACUAUGAGCCAAGUUGGAUUUUCUUAUGUGCUAUUUUCUUGUAUAGAAGGUGAAAGCUUGCACUAUUGAUGACUGAGAAUAGUAAGUGUGUUCUGUAAGUUGUUGAUGUUUGAAUAUCCAAUGCAAACGCCUCUCAUUAUGAUUUUGCAGUGAUUUUCUAUCAUGAAA